UACGCCUUCUCCUCCUCCUCAUUCACAGAAAAUUGAAAACAUACAGGCUGUAUUAAAUGCCUAAUCAUUUCGCGCUUUUUUUAAUCUCGAGAUUCUCUUCGUUCUGCUCUCGAUCACCCAUCCCAUUUUAUUUCACUUUUCAUUCUCCGUACCAAAUGCCUUCAGAUCUCCGCCGGCCCAAAAUUCAAUUUAUUUCUUAUAUGGAAAUGGAAGGGGAAAUAAUUUAUACGAUUUUCUUUUUAAAUUCAAAAUUCUCUUGAAUCUCUCUCUCUCCCUCUCUCUAAUCUCCUCCGAUUUUCCCCUCCGUUGAUCCAUCCGAAUUCAUGGGUUCUAUCUUUGAUCGAACCGUGGGCGAUUUCCCGACCCAUUUCUACUUCAAUUACGAAGGUUAAGAUUUUUUGGAUUGGUUUCUUCCAUUUCAAGGUCCCUGCAGGAUCAGGGGCUGAUUUUGUUUCAUAUUUGGGUUCUUUAUGGGAAGCAAGAGAAAAUGAAGGUGACGAAGUCUCAGGUGUGGCAGCCAUGCAAGAAGAAGAGGUCUUGAUAAUUUGUGGGGAAGCUGUAGAGAGGCAGUGAAGGAAUUUUGCAGAUAGAGAACCAAAGGGCACUUUCAGGAAUAGGGAAGGAGAAAAACGAUGUCGUCUCGUACCGGAAGUUCUGGCGGCAAGACCCGCGCGGGAAAGUUCGAGCUGGGUCGGACACUGGGUGAGGGCAAUUUCGCCAAGGUAAAGCUUGCCUGGAAUGUCGAGACCGGAGAGAAUGUGGCCAUUAAAAUUCUUGACAAGGACAAGAUUCUCAAACACAAAAUGAUUCGCCAGAUAAAGCAAGAGAUUUCGACAAUGAAAUUGAUUAGGCACCCAAAUGUCAUACGCAUGUAUGAGGUUAUGGCUAGCAAGACAAAGAUAUAUAUUGUACUCGAAUUUGUGACUGGUGGGGAAUUGUUUGAUAAAAUUGCAAGCAAGGGCAGGUUAAAAGAAGAUGAAGCAAGAAAAUAUUUCCAGCAGCUUAUAUGUGCUGUGGAUUACUGUCACAGUAGAGGUGUUUGCCACAGGGAUCUAAAGCCUGAAAAUUUGUUGCUGGAUGCUAAUGGAGUUCUUAAAGUUUCAGAUUUUGGAUUGAGUGCACUGCCUCAACAGCUUCGAGAAGAUGGGUUGCUUCACACAACAUGUGGUACACCAAAUUAUGUUGCCCCAGAGGUGAUCCACAACAAAGGCUAUGAUGGUACGAAGGCAGAUCUAUGGUCAUGUGGUGUUAUUCUUUUUGUUUUGAUGGCUGGCUACUUGCCCUUUGAAGAUACUAAUAUUAUGUCUUUAUACAAAAAGAUCUUCAAGGCUGAUUUCACAUGUCCUCCAUGGUUCUCAUCAAGUGCAAAGAAAAUAAUCAAGAGAAUUCUUGAUCCCAAUCCUGCUACACGAAUAACAAUUGCUGAGGUCAUUGAGAAUGAUUGGUUUAAGAAGGGAUAUGUGCCUCCUAGGUUCAAGCAAGCUGAUGUUAGUCUUGAUGAUGUAGAUGCUAUAUUCAGUGAAUCAGCGGAUUCUCAAAAUUUUGUUGAUGAGAGGCGAGAAGAGGCACCAGUGGCUGUGGCACCUAUGGCUAUGAAUGCUUUUGAACUUAUCUCUACAUCUAAAGGCCUUAACCUUGGUAGCCUUUUCGAGAAACAAAUGGGCCUUGUUAAAAGGGAAACAAGAUUCACAUCCAAAUGUCCAGCGAAUGAAAUAAUUUCAAAAAUUGAGCAAACUGCAACGCCUCUGGGUUUUGAUGUUAGGAAGAAUAACUACAAGUUAAAGCUUCAAGGGGAAAAGAGCGGACGCAAAGGACAUCUAUCUGUCUCGACUGAGAUAUUUGAGGUGGCCCCUUCAAUUUGCAUGGUUGAGCUUCGCAAGUCUGGAGGAGAUACUCUGGAAUUUCAUAAGUUCUACAAGAACCUAUCUACCGGGCUGAAGGAUGUCGUUUGGAAAGCAGAACCUAUAGAUGAAGAAACAAAUGGUGCUGCUGCGUCGAGAUAGCUUUGUUUUCACAUCUUCAUGACUGCUUGUGCACCUUCACGGUCUUGGCUUCCUUGGAUCUUUUCUUUCAUUCGGGGCUCUCUUUCUGUGACAUUCGGAAUGAGAUAAGAUUAUGCAUGUCAAACCCUAUAAACUAAUAAAUGGCGCUUUAAUAA